AUGUUUGGGAGCAAAUCGGAAAUGAUGGGGAUCGACGUGUGUGAAUUUGGGGGCCAGCUUUUGGAACUUAUGUGGAUGUCCGUGUGUUAUAGAGACAAAAUGGCGGACAGAAACGAAAUCAAGCCCGUUGGAGAGGAUUCUGAGGAUGAGGUUGACCUGAGUUAUAAGGCACCUGAGAAGAAAUCCGUACAAGAACUCCAGGAGAUGGACAAAGAUGACGAAAGUUUGAUGAAAUACAAACAGGCUUUGCUUGGAAGCUUGCCAACUUCUGUGGAUCCUAACAUCCCCAAUGUGCAAGUAAUUCGGAUGGAGUUGGUAUGUACUGAGGCCCCAGCACCCAUCAAAAUGGAAUUAGCAGGCAAUGUAGGAACAUUGAAAGAGCACAUCUAUAUCCUAAAGGAGGGUUCCAGUUACAGGAUUAAAAUUACAUUUAUGGUCAACAGGGAAAUUGUAUCUGGGCUGAAAUAUGUAAUGCAUACCUUCAAGACCGGAAUUAAAGUUGACAAAGAGACGCACAUGGUUGGCAGCUACGGGCCUCGGAGCGAACCGUAUGAAUUCCUAACGCCACAAGAGGAUGCUCCAAAAGGAAUGAUUGCCCGCGGGAAGUAUACCAUUAAGUCCUACUUCACAGAUGACGACAAAACCGACCACUUGUCCUGGGAUUGGAAAUUGGAUAUAAAAAAGGAGUGGAAGGACUAG